AUGUACUUCCCAGUCAAGGUGAGUCACUGUCCUGUUGGGUCACUAUCACCUACCAUGUACUUCCCAGUCAAGGUGAGUCACUGUCCUGUUGGGUCACCAUCACCUACCGUGUACUUCCCAGUCAAGGUGAGUCACUGUCCUGUUGGGUCACCAUCACCUACCGUGUACUUCCCAGUCCAGGUGAGUCACUGUCCUGUUGGGUCACCAUCACCUACCGUGUACUUCCCAGUCAAGGUGAGUCACUGUCUUGUUGGGUCACCAUCACCUACCGUGUACUUCCCAGUCCAGGUGAGUCACUGUCCUGUUGGGUCACUAUCACCUACCAUGUACUUCCCAGUCAAGGUGAGUCACUGUCCUGUUGGGUCACUAUCACCUACCAUGUACUUCCCAGUCAAGGUGAGUCACUGUCCUGUUGGGUCACUAUCACCUACCAUGUACUUCCCAGUCCAGGUAAGUCACUGUCCUGUUGGGUCACUAUCACCUACCAUGUACUUCCCAGGCCAGGUGAGUCACUGUCCUGUUGAGUCACCGUCACCUACCGUGUACUUCCCAGUCCAGGUAAGUCACUGUCCUGUUGAGUCACCGUCACCUACCAUGUACUUCCCAGUCCAGGUGAGUCACUGUCCUGUUGGGUCACUAUCACCUACCAUGUACUUUGAUUCCCACUCAAGGCGAGUCACUGUCCUGUUGGGUCACCAUCUCCUACUGAGUACUUCCUAG